ACGAAAUUAGGGUUUUUGCUAAAGCGAAAGCUAUGGAGGUCGCAGCUCAAAUCGGUCAGCUGCUAAACGACACCGUCAGCCCCGAUUGCGCCGCCGUCCGUACGGCCACCGAAGCCCUAGAUCGUCUCUCUCAGCUCCCGGAUUUCCCUUACUACCUCAUCUCCAUCUCCGCCGGAGGUGAAAAUCAAGGCCAGAAAAUCGCUGCGGCGACCUACUUGAAAAACUUCACUAGGAAAAAUGUUGAAGGAGAUGUGUCGAAUUCGAAGCCCAAAGUCAGUAAGGAGUUCAAGGACCAGCUCUUGCGAGCUCUGCUGCAAUCCGAACCCGCCGUUGUCAAAGUCCUGGUUGAAGUGUUUCGGGUUAUUAUUGUUGCGGAAUUUGUUAAGCAGAAUUGGUGGCCUGAGCUUGUUCCUGAUCUGCGAGCCGCCCUUGAAAAUAGUAACCUUAUUAGUGGCGCGAAUGCUCAGUGGAACACCAUUAAUGCCCUUAGAGUUCUUCACGCACUUGUUAGACCUUUCCAGUAUUUUUUGGAGGCUACGGUUUCCAAGGAGCCAGUACCGCCACAGCUAGAGCUAAUUACAAAGGAUAUUCUUGUGCCUUUGUUAACAUUAUUCCAUCAAAUUGUUCAAAAGGCAUUGGGCACUCCUGGUUUGACAGACAUGGAAACAGAAAAUUUGCUCCUGAUUGUCUGCAAAUGCAUGUAUUUCACUGUGAGGUCACAUAUGCCAUCUGCCUUAGUGCCUCUUCUACCUUUGUUUUGUCAUGAUCUAAUUGGCAUUCUUGAUUCUUUGAGUUUUGACUGCGUGGUAACCCCAGAAAAUGGGAACCAUAUGAGGUUGAAGACUGGAAAGAGAAGUCUGCGCAUUUUCUGUGCUCUCGUUACUCGACACCGAAAGUAUUCUGAUAAGUUGAUGCCAGACAUGAUAAAGUGUGCUAUGAACAUAGUCAAGUUCAGCAAAAAUAUCAGCAAGAUUGAUUUUUUAUCAGAGAGGAUCCUUUCAUUGUCUUUUGAUGUGAUAUCACACGUUCUUGAAACAGGGCCUGGAUGGAGAUUAGUUUCUCCACAUUUUUCAUAUUUGUUGGAUUUCGCAAUCUUUCCAGCAUUGGUAAUGAAUGAAAAGGAUAUUUCAGAGUGGGAAGAAGAUGCAGAAGAGUACAUACGAAAGAAUCUUCCAUCUGACCUUGAAGAAAUUUCUGGCUGGAGAGAGGACCUAUUUACAGCCAGAAAAAGUGCUAUAAAUUUACUCGGUGUUAUCUCAGUUUCAAAAGGACCUCAAAUGGGAACUUCUGCUAAUGCCUCGUCAGCUUCAUCAAAACGCAAAAAGGGUGACAGGAAGAAGAAAAACAAUCAAACUUGUUCAAUUGGAGAACUGUUGGUGCUUCCAUUUCUGUCAAAGUUUCCGAUUCCUUCUGAUGCUAAUCCAUCCCAAACUAGAAUUAUGAAUGACUACUUUGGUGUUUUGAUGGCAUAUGCUGGCUUGUUAGAUUUUCUGAGGGAGCGAGAGCCCACAUAUGCAGCAACUCUGGUUCAAUCUCGGCUACUACCAUUGUAUAAUUUAACAGUGUUCCCACAGUUGGUUGCCACUGCAAACUGGGUGCUGGGAGAACUGGCAUCGUGCCUACCUGAGGACAUGAGUGCAGAUGUGUAUUCCUCGUUGCUGAAGGCAUUGGCUAUGCCCAAUAGCACGGAUACUUCUUGUUAUCCAGUGCGGGUAUCAGCUGCUGCAGCCAUAGUAGCGCUUCUUGAUAAUGACUACCCACCACCUGAGUGGCUUCCUCUGCUUCAAGUUGUAAUUGGUGGAAUUGGCCGUAAUGAGGAAGAGAACUCUAUUUUGUUCCAGCUUCUUAGUUCUGUGGUGCAGGCAGGAAAUGAAAAUGUUGCUGUCCAUAUCCCAUAUAUUAUUUCGUCAUUGGUUGUGGAAAUCUCAAAGUGCAUUCCCCCUGAUCUGGAGCCAUGGCCUCAAAUGGUUGAAAAUGGUUUUGCGGCAUUAGCAGUGAUGGCUCAAAUUUGGGAAAGUGAUAUGUCUGAGGAUGUAGAAGAAAAUGAAUCAAGUCAUAAGUUUUUAUCAGGUCAGGCAACUAUUGGUACAGCUUUCUCUGAUCUCUUGCAAAAGGCUUGGCUUGCACCAAUGCAUCAAUUGGAAGAUAACGCUUUGCCCCCUCCAUCUUGCUUAGAUUCUGCAUCAACAUUGCUACGAUCCAUUAUGCUGUCUGUUACUGGAAGUAAUGUAAUUCUAGAGCUCAAAGUGGCUGAGCUAUUACUGGUUUGGGCUGAUCUGAUUGCGGACUGGCAUGCUUGGGAAGAAUCAGAGGACAUGUCAGUCUUUGAGUGCAUUAAGGAAGCUGUCAGUCUACACAGUAAGUAUGGGCUGCAGAAUUUUAUUGUAGGACAGCUGCCUUCUCCUCCAGCUCCACCUGUUCCCAAGCAUUCUGUAAUAGAAGGUAUCGGUGCUUUUAUAAGUGAGGCCACUUUACAAUAUGCAUCUGCAACAUGGAGAGCUUGCUCUUGCAUCCAUUUGCUGCUACAUGUCCCAAGUUAUUCGUCUGAGACAGAAAGCGUUAAGCAUUCAUUAGCAGCAGCAUUUUGUCAGGCAACAUUUUCCCAUUUCAGAGAAGUUAAAAGCAAGCCCGGAUCUCUGUGGAAGCCUUUGUUGCUUGCUAUAUCAUCGUGCUAUUUAUGCUGUCCUGAAGUUGUAGAGAGUACAUUGGAGAAGGAUGGAGAUGGAGACUUUGAGACCUGGGUAACAGCCGUCGGAUUAGUUUCCACUAACUCUUUCAAACCUGGGUUAUCAAGAGAGUCGGAGAUAAAGUUAAUUGCGGUGGCACUGGCGAAAGUGGUUGAAAGACUACUGAUACUCGGAAAGUCUGGUGCUCUGUUGCGUGACUGCUUUACUUCUCUGAUGGAAGCAUCUGCCCGAUUCAAUGAAGUUGAGGAAAAUGACGAUGAAGAUGAAGAUAUGGAUGAUGAAGACGAUAAUGGUGAAACUGAAGACGAUGAUGAUGACGAAGAUUCGGAGGAUGAUGAACAUGAAGAAACGGAAGAAGAGUUCCUGAAUCGAUAUGCUGAAGCAGCUCUUGCCCUGGAAAAUGGUUCAGUUAUUGAAGAGGGGGAUAUCGAAGAUGAAGACCAGGAGAUGGAUUUUGGGAAAGGCUGCCUAGAAGGAAUUGAUCUGGAAGAAGUUGUCACGUCACUUCUACAUAAGUAUCAUCCCAUUGUCAUAGGAAGACAGGAGGCAUAUCCACCAGAGCUCAUCUCAAGGUUCUUAGUGUCAUUCCCGCAGUGUGAAAUUUUCUUCCAGCAUUGUCCUAGUGUUUUUAUUCGAGUGCAAAAGCGAGGCAACAAAAAGUGAAGAAAAGAAAGCAUGGUAGUUAGCCUAAAUAAUUGUGCUAAAUAGAAUGUGAUAUACUUGCAAUUACAAAGUAGAUUACUCGAGGGCUCUCUGACUUGUCUGUUAUGUUCAAGAGGAUCGCAGAAUCAGUUUCUCCAGCUUCAAGCUCAAAUGACAAGCCCCUCCAUCUUCACUUGAAGAAACUGUCAAUCCUUAAGGUUUAGGGUUGAGUUCCUGGCACCAACUAUUCAAGAUCCAUCCACUUUGGUUUUAAUUUGCGAUAAGGUUUUGCCAGCAGAACAUGUCAAAUAGAUUGAGACAUGGAAGUUAUGCGAUACUAACAACUGUAGGAGACACAAAUUAAAUAAAGAGAUAUAUUGGUCUAGAGUUUGAGGGCGAUCGGAAAAAUUUGGACGAGAGAACACGAUGUUUGUCAAUCCUCAUAGUUGGCGUUCCUGAUAUGGAAUGAUCAAAACAUUUUAUAGUAAUUCUGAUAUAAAUGUGAACUAAACUUGAAACGUUAGCAACCCACUUCUCUCUGACAUAAAAAUCGCAUUUCUGUUAAAGAUCUCUGAUAAUAACGGGUUAUGAGAUUCAACAAGUAGAUUAAUAUUAGUUGGUUGUUGUCAUCUGCGAUCACAAGUUUCAUUAUCUUUUAUGUACCAACCAUGCUUUCAGAUUAAAUGAACGGAGAACUGAAUUGUGUGGGACACAAGGAUUUGAACCUUGAUCUUCUCGGGAUCUUGAGACUCAGGUGCAAGUUACAAGCCCAAGAGCUCUACCAUUUGAGCUACAUCCCAUUAACCUAACCUAAAUGCCUAGUUCCUAGUGCACGCAUACAAAGUAACCCACAUUGAAAUAGAGAUGCAGAUCCUACAAACCUAACCAAAUGCACAUUGUAACAGCAUAACAUAACUCGGACAUACAAUUCCAUCAAGCAAAUAGCAUUCAACCAUCACGUUUCUAAAAACCAGAACCAAUGCAACAAACCGAACUCCAUGACAUAACAAGCGAAAGAAACCAAACUCCCAACUAUACAAAACCACCAGCAGAGAGAGUAUAGAAGGGAUCCAAAAUGUGUAGAUAAUUUGAAGACGAUAACAACUGAUGGAUAAUCACACAACAAAUGGCCAUGCACACACCAGCAAUUAUACAAGCAGCAUCCCAUUGUUCUCACCACAACUGAAAACGAAGCCCAUCCAACAAUAAAAUAACACAAACCAGCCAUCUUCCACAAAGUCCUUCACAAAUCAACCAGCAUAUCCAACAAGUCAUCAACCAUUACGAAAUUAAUCAGAGAACAGGGCACUAAAGAACCACGGCUAUCUGGUUGACUACUAUAUAUCACAACCAACUCAGAAGGCAGCCAAGAAGAUACUCCCAGAUAUUAUCGUCAACAACUAAUGGAUCACAGGAAAUAAAAGAUAAAAGAUGAGACAUUACCACUGGAUCACAGAACUGCUCACUUUACCAAAAGACCACCUAAACUCAAAACCCACUUUGAGAAGAGACCUUGUCUGCCAAACCUGACAUAGACAAAACAACUCACCACUAUUGAAAUUAUCAUAAAUAGACUACAACUCGAAGGGAUAUAUAUCUGCAUAAGGCAAUUCAGUACACAUCUCUAUAACAUGAUCAACUCACCAAACCUCAUUAUCUUUGGGCGAGAUCUAGCCACGAAGAUAGAAGGAAUAACUGUGGAGCACAAGAUCUUUAAAUCACUGCGCCAAUGAACCAGGGGAAUCAACCAUCAAACAUGUGUAUGGCAAAGAAGACAUGGUAACCCUACAAUACUCCUGAUGAUAGAAAUAACCAAACCAAAGGAUUCAUUUUUAUGCAGCUUAGACAGUAACUGGACGCCGAAGAACAGCAAAAAUCAUCCUCCUCAAUAGCAACUAUAAACCUUAAUCAUAACAGCAGCAGAAUCACACCUGUACUGUAAAUAGGUUCCACUCUGCACAAGUCAUUUUAAAAGUUGAAAAGAGAUUUCACCACCUUAACCAAUUCCACACUCAAAUGCUCAACAUUGAAAGAAUAUGCACAGGAAAGCAGUUUCCAAUAAUCCGACCUCAAAACUUCACAACCAACUCAGAAGGCAGACAGGAAAGCAGUUUCCAAUAAUUAGCCUUCACAAUAUUGGCAUCCUCUCCAAAUUUAGCAAAGUCUGUAGUCAUUACCAGAAAAGAGAAAGUAUACUAAAACCUUUGGGGGAAGAAAAGAUAACCUAUGAAUCCUCUGAACAUAUUUCUGUAGGCGACCAACUAACAGCCUCCUGAACCAGAAAUGAAAAGAUACUAUCUAGACUGGUUAAACUAGACAAAUUGUUAACCUAUCCAGUUAAAUAUGUGUACAAAGGCUAUUUGCACACAUAUAUAGUAAGAAAAAAAAACUGAUGUAGAAAGUGCCAAACCAAUUUCAACCUUGACAUGAAACUAUCGCAGAUUCCUCUUGGAUUUCUAGCCAAAAGAUGAACACAAGGAAUCAGAAUACAAGUUGAAAAGGAUAUAAUUAAUCACUGUCACAACUCUAGGUUUAUAUAUAUCACCCAUAAGGAGAUGUUAAAAUUAAAAUGAGAAAGAAAGGGUAACCAAUCAAAUCUGGAUAACCAUAUGGACUGAAGCCUUCGCCAGCCAAAUUCUGGAGCACAUAAAUAAAAAAAACCAUAAUGCACCAGUCUAAACUGAGUGAUGAUUUCAAAAAAAAAAAAUUAUGCAAAAGAAUACUAACGAAAUUUAAGACCGUAAA